AUGACGUCCGAUAACGAUGGCGAUUCCGUGGUGGUGUCAUCGGGCUUGCCAAGUGGUUUGCCAAGUCCCGUGCCCGGCGCUAAAACGGGUCAUGUGCCCGCCACUGCCGCCAAGGGUAUACUGGUGCACAACAACAAGAAAUCGGCCAACACUAACCGUGUAAGUUUCGUUACGAAUUCGUCGUCGUCGCCGUCGGCCGAGCAGUCCAAGAAAAAACACAACCAGCCGCGGAGAUCGGACGACGACGACCGGUUGCCUUAUCACGCCCGGACUGGCAGGCGGCUGACGGGUUUCGGCGUCAAGAGUUACUUGCACGAGUUCUAUGACGAUCCCGAUGGCAGCGAAUUGUUUCAGGUUCGUAUAAAAUUAUAUACGAAAUAA